CGUACAUUGUUGUACAUUGGUGAUGUUAUGAUAUGCAUCAAGAUAGAUAACCAACAAGUUUGUGUCCACCAAAACAAAACCCUUCAAUUCCUCACCCACUUCCGCCAUGGGAGAGAAAGAGAAAGAGAAGAGGAACAAGAACAAGAAGCAGAAGCACCAGCACCCGAAUGACCAAACCACAAAGCACAACUCCGAUUUCUCCUUCAAGCCAAGCUCAGAGGUAAAGGGUAUCCGAUUCGGAGGCCAAUUCAUAGUGAAAUCCUUCACAAUCAGAAGGGCGCGGCCAUUGGAGCUUCUCAAGGUUCUUUCUUUCCCACCAACCAACAACACCAACAAACCAAAAGACAAGCUUCCCUUCCCUUCAACCACAGCAUUCUUGCCAACAAACUUCACCAUCUUGGCGCACCAUGCUUGGCACACCCUCACCCUCGGCCUCGGCACCAAGAAGUCAAAGGUUGUUCUUUUCGUGUUCGAAACCGAGGCCAUGAAGGCCUCCGUGGACAGAAUAUGGCCACCGGAGAUAGCACUCGGUGAUGUGAACAAAAGACUCAUAAGGGGCCUCAAUGGAUGUGAAAUGGCGAGGUUCAAGUUCAGAAAAGGGUGCAUAACAUUCUAUGUCUAUGCUGUUAGACAAGUCGGAAGCUUUGGUUUUUCCUGUGCUGAGGAUCUCAGAACCAUUCUGCAGUCUGUGGUGGAGCUUAAAGAUUUCUUGGAUCACACUGCCAUGCUUUCCAUGCCUCACCAGAGAAGCAUCAGUUACUCAGAGUCACACCCCCAGGUAGCCAUGGCUCAUUAGGCCUAGCUCUGUGAAUCAAUCAUCAUCAUCAUCAGUAUCAGAGUUUUUUUAUUUUAUAUAUGAAUAUAGAUGUGUCCAAGUGCUUCACAUUAACAUCAUCUUCAUCAUUAGGGUCUUGAAAGAUAAAUCCUUUGGCUUAAUCUGUUAACUUGGUUUCUAGUCUUUGGAAUUUUGGGAGGCUUAUUAUUGGUUUAUUUGUUCAUGAUCUUGUUUGAUCUGUAUUUUUUUUUCCUUUUGAAAAUUUGGGGAAAAUGAAAGUGUAAUGUAGCUUGAAUAAUUGGAUACUAAAUCAGUGGAUGACUGAAUCCAGGAGUUGCAAUGCAAUUGUCCUUUUUGUUGACAACUGCUAAAUUAAUACAAAUUUGUCAAAUGGGUUGCAGAUGAUGCUUA